UAUCCAAUGUCAGACGAAGAGGGCGUGGUAGAGGCAGACAGCCUAGAGCUACUGGGGUCUUGAGAGGUCGAGGACGUGGAAGGUGCAGAGGACGACAGCGCGUGCAGCCAGCUGGCUUGAAUAGACUGGAAAUGGCAGCUCAGGCUCGACGGGACAGACAAUCUCAGCUUGAAGAAUGUAUUUCCAAUAUGGACUUGGCUGCACUACAGGAAACUCUCAAGUUAGUCUGCAAGAAACAGCCUUCAUUAUUGAUGGAUGUCCUGAAGACUGCAAAUGAUAAUGGGGAUCCAACACCAGGGAAUAGCCCUGCGGUUCCAGACUGGUGCUCUUGCAAUAACUGUAGGGAGAUGCCUACCGAGAGGGAAAAACUGUGCUGUGGAAAAAUACCCCAGAACUGUCACACAAAAUUAGCUGAUUUCUAUACCAUAGUGCUAGAUGAAUUGGUUCUCGAAGUUGCCAUGAGAUUUAGGAAUGAUGCUUUGGCAGAACCUAGAGAUGACAACUACAACAGAGCUCAUCGACAUACAGCUUACAGACAAUAUGUUAUGUGGAUGCAUGGCCGUCUUGGAGCUGGAAACCGAAAGGUCAUUCCCAGCUGCUGCAUAUGGAAAAUUCGAGACCAAUAUCCUGAACCUUCUGGUCAAUAUGUGGGAUACAUAGAAGGAGUCUUAGACUGAUAAAGACAACAUUUGAUUUUCACAUAUUGCUGUUUUUAUAUAAUAAUAAGGUUAAUUAAACAUUGAAUAAAUCUUUGAAAUACUAUG